CUUUCCGCGGCUCCCUUUUUUCGCAGCAUGUUUGCCUUGUGCAGGGCUCGCUUGCUGCAGGAGGUUCCCCUGUCUCUGGGCUCGCGGUGGACAAGUUCCAUCGUGCGCCGGAGGCGCCGCGCGCUGUUUAAGGCCAUGGCCGACUCGAGCACCCACCCGGCGAAGGUCCAGCGGCUGCGAGAGAAAUCUGCCAGGCCCGCAGUGGACACCUUGCGGUACAUUUUCGAGACCAAGGUGGCGCGGGUGCAGACGCAAGAGGACCGCAAGCGCCUUUGGUACGACCUGCGGUACAACCGCUACGCCCCCAGCUUCCUGGGCCAAAUCAAGCCCCAAAUGAAGCUUUGGACGGCGGCACUGCACGAGUCGCAGCUGCCAGUGGCGCGCCUGCCGGAGGUGGCGGUGUGUGGCCGCUCCAACAGCGGGAAGUCAACGCUGGUGAACUACUUGUGUGGCCGGCACAGCGCCAAUGUGCGGAGGAUCCCGGGCAGUACUACGGAGCUGGUCUUCUGGAAGGUGGGGCGCCCGGCCCAGCUGUGCCUGGUGGACCUGCCCGGCUACGGCUUCGCGGAGGCUCCGGAGGAGAAGCGGCUUCAGUGGACGGAGUUCACCCUGUGGUACAUCCGCGCCAGGAAGAACCUGAGACGGGUGCUCCUGUUGAUCGACGGGCGGCAGGGCCUCAAGCCCUCAGACCGGGAGAUGAUCUCCUACCUGGAGCGCCACGACGUGGCCUGGCAGGUGGUGGUGACCAAGUGCGACAAGGUGGUGGGCAAGCAACUGGCUAAGCGCCUCACCAUCAUGAAGGAGGACCUGUCGCAGUUCCGCAAGAUGGCAGCGGACCCAUUGCCAGUGAGCGCCCUGAAGCGCCAUGGCAUGGAGGCGCUGCGGGACGUGCUCAGCGACAUGAAGGUUGCCAAGGAGUUUGUCAAGGACGGGAUCCGGCGGCGGGUCUACGACAUGCUGGAGCAGAAGCGGCUUCGCAACGCAGAGAGGCGGAAGCGGAGGAAGGAGCGCAAGGCAGAGGAGGCGGCAAAUCCAAAGCCUGUCGAUGAGGCCCAUGAGAAGGAGGAGGAAGACGAGGGUAUCGAGAGCAAGGAUCUUCACGAAAUCCUCGGCACCUGGGGUCCGUCGCCAAAAGUUCCUGCCCAGGAAGCACCUACCGAGGUCCGCAAGGUGCACGUGCCUGAUGACCGAAACACCCAGCGAGUGGAUGCAUUCAUGGCGUCACUUUUCCCCGACUUCAGCGAGAUGCGCGCCGGGGCGUCGGCCUCGGCAAGCCGAUCUUCGGGAGCUGAAUUCAGCCAAUACAAUUUGGCUGGAGCGUCGGCUGGCCAAUUUGAAGUGCACCUGGAAGAAGAAGGGAGGUUGCUAUCAGUACCUGCAGAUGAGGGUGAGGCAAUCGAAGAGGAUUCUGAAUCUGAAAGUGACGAGGAGAUGGAUUCGGUGAAGCCAGAGGUGCGCCAUUUCGAGAUCAAGUCUGAUCAAGGCCAAGGUCGUCAGGGCCUGCGCCCCGGUCAGCCCGUCAAGACCACCAAGCCUUCCAAGAUCGAGCUCUUCCCGGGCCAAGACAGCAGGGUCUCCCUGCGCCGCGUGCGCCCUCAGAAGGACCAGCUCUACUCGGAGGACGACGUCCUGUCCCCCGCGGACUACGCCGCGGGGUUCCGGCGCUGGGCGCCCAGCGCGCCCAGCCCGGAGCAGCCGGGCCUUUUCAUGGCGGAGGCGCGGAGGCGCUACGAGCGGGAGUGGGCAACGGAGCUUGAGGACGUGGACUAUGCCCGGGGUGGCGCGCCGGAUGCGCUGAAACCGAAGAAGGAGAAGGUGAGGGAGGAUGCGCAGGAGAAGCGUGUGCGCAUGCCCUUCAUCACCCACAAAGGCGACAAACCUAUCCUCCCGGGCCAUGGCAAGUGGCGCGUCUUGGGCCGGCCUCCAUCGAAGAUCUUGAAGGCGAAGAGGACGAUGGACGCGGCCAAGGCCCUGAAUGUGAAGAGCCGGUACAAGCGCAAGCGGAACCUGGGCUCGGGCCUGGAAUGGGACGAAGCCAAGGAGAAGUGGGCGAAUUGGUACCAAAAGAACCGGAAGUCCAACUGGGAUCGAGUGCAAGAGGCGAGCUCGCCGAAGAAGGAAGAUGUGGAGGCGGCCUUUGAGAGCCAUCAGGAGCGUCGCAGGAAGCGGAUGGCCCAAACAAGGCAGGGGAUGCGGCACAGCGGAGGCCGAGCCCGAGAAGUGAACAAGCCCAGGGACGAGGCGGCAAUGCCAGACUGGGCUGAAAAGUAGAAAAUGGGCCGAGCAGUGAGCCCUUUGAAUGCCAAGUGACCAGCCAAAGAUGCCAGUGAUGUUUGCGCUGAGCCAGC